CACAAUCUCACGGCUUCUCAUAGGGUGCAGCCAUGGUCACUAGGUCGACAAUCCCACUGUACCGUAUUCCGAACCCCAACCACUCCAACUGCACUUGACAAAGAUUCAGUGGAACCCGGCCAAACUGCGCCUUGUGAUGGCGGUGUCGAAGAGAUGUACUACGUAGUGCACUUCGACUCGUAACACCUCCUAUCGUAUAGCCUCGCCGCUGGACACUUCACCUUUGCUCUCAAGCGCAGUCAGUCCGACUCAUGGCUCAGCAGCGAAAAGUCCUAGAGCCAUGGUCAAGGAUGCGAGAAAGUCAUUGCAGCUGCCCAAGCAGCAGCUGCUCAUCCUUGCGGUAUGUCGGUUCGCGGAACCAGUGGCAAUGACCUCUGUCUAUCCCUACAUCCCUGAGAUGAUACAGUCCUUCCACGUUCCAGACGACGACGUCGCCAGGUGGGCCGGCCUCAUAUCUGCCAUCUUCUCCCUUUCUCAAUGCUUGACAGGCAUCGCCUGGGGAAGGGCAUCGGAUCGUUUCGGUCGGAAACCCAUCAUCCUCCUCGCCCUGACGUGCACAAUGCUCUCGAGUAUCUUGUUCGGCUUCUCUAAGAAUUUGGCUUGGGCUUUCGUUGCACGGUCAUUGCAAGGGUUGUCGAACGGCAAUGUGGGCAUAAUACGGACUGCCGUUGCAGAACUGGUUCCGCAGAAAGAGUUGCAACCUCGAGCAUUCAGCAUCAUGCCGUUGGUCUGGAACAUUGGCAGCAUAUUCGGUCCGUCUUUUGGUGGUUCGCUGGUCCACCCUGCGGAGAGGUAUCCGCGUCUCUUCGGGAAGAUCAGGUUCCUCAAGGAAUAUCCAUUUGCUUUGCCAAAUUUGCUCAUUAGCCUGCUAUUCCUACUUGGCAUCGCGGCUGGAUUUUUGUACUUCCACGAGACUCUGGAAGAGAAAAAGUCGCACAAGGACUACGGACUCGUGUUGGGCCAAUGUCUCCUCAAACCAUGUUCUCGGGAUCGCAACCGGCACCGAAGGGCGUGGUCAACCGACGACGAGGCAGAUCCUUUUCUCCCCGGCAUCUCGAGCGAAAUGUCCUCCCCGGUUGCCAAGCACGAUGCUCGGCCUACCAAGCAACAUUCAGGGUGGUCGGAGGUGUUUUCGAGGCAAUCCAACAUCAACUUGGUCGUUUACACCCUCUUGGCCAUGCAUUCGGUUGCUUUCGACCAGUUGUUGCCCAUCUUCAUGCAUUUUCCCGUACAAUCGAGGCGGGAGACGUGGCGACAUUCGCCCCUCAAGUUCUCCGGCGGAUUUGGCAUUGAUUCAAACAGAAUCGGCUUACUUUUCACCGUCUACGGCGUCUUCGGCAUGCUCAUUCAGUUCUUCGUUUUCCCCCCAUUCGCAAGGAAGUAUGGCGUCCUAAAUUGUCUCAAGGCUUGUGCGUUGACCUUUCCGUUGGUCUAUGUGGCGGUACCUUUCACUGCUCUUCUACAGAGUGACUCUUCCAGACAGGGGGUAAUGAUGGUCUUGAUGCUGAUCAAAGGAUUCGCCGGCAUUUUUGCUUUCCCAUGCUCGACAAUCCUGCUUACCAACAGUGCGGCGAGUCUCAAGAUCCUCGGCACUCUGAAUGGCGUUGCCACCAGCGUCUCUGCCAUCGGGAGGGCGGCGGGUCCAGCACUCUCGGGCGCCAUGUUCUCGAUAGGCGUCGACAUUGAAUAUGUCGUUGUUCCCUGGUGGACGCUGGCCUUGGUCGCCGUGGUAGGCUCGGUGCCGAUCUGGAUGCUUGUGGAGCUCGAAGGUUUCAGCAGUUCCCAGGACGAUGACGAUGACGAUGAUGACGACGACGACGAAGAUGUUGAUGGUUACGAUGUCAAUGAUGGCGAUGGCGAUGAUGACUUUGGCACGAAUAUUCGAUCGGCGGCGAAUGGGUCUGUCGCGAGAGCUUCUGCCACACCGACCAGUGCUGCUCAGUCAAGGAGGUCUACGAUAACCGGAUCGUUUUCGGAUGUUUUUGUAGAGGACGACGACGACGAUGCCGCUUCCGACACCAGGCUUCUGUCCACUACGACGUCGCGGGAAACGCAUCUCGAGCCUGGUGGUCGCCACGGUCCGCGUCUACACCGCGUUGCCAGCCCCAUCGGUCUUGGGCCCGGUGGGGUGAUUCCUGUCGGGGCGCGCAGGUACAGCAGUGAUCUCGGAGCCACCAGGAGUGGGUUGGGUGCCGGUGGCACGAGUUACUAUUGAUUGAUAAGAUGGCUGGUCGUCGUACUAGUACCCUAACACGUCACGCUGUGUACUUGAGCGUCCUUUUGCUUGACGUGUGACGCUGUCGACGACACGCUUCGCCGUCAAGGUCAUAAGCCUAAUUCAGCAGGUCACUGUCAUACAUCACCAGCAUCUUUCAUGGUUCCGCGCCACCUUCUGCCCGCAACAAUAGAAAUAGACCGAGAUAACAAGAUGCAAACGAUAGCGACGAGACAUGGAGACAUUUGUUUUCUCAGGUCUUAGCACGUAGUUGUCAAGAAAAUGUAGUCGAGCUCUCUAUUCGAGUUUGAGACCCAAAAUUCAUAUACCUCAUAAUU